AUGGAGGAGUUAGCAAGAAAGAAAAGAGUACGAGCAGUUCAUCGCGGUUACCUGACGAAAGUUGUGGCGUCGGCAGCAGGCUUAGUCGACGCAUUCGAUGAACGAAGAAAGAAUGACGCGGAAGAGCAACGCGACAAAAUCUUGGAGACAGUCGCUAUGUUCCAAAACCUGGAUGAAGACAUCCUUAACUUGAUUGCUGGGGACGAAGAAGCGUCAGAACUUGACAUUGUCAGCGAAGUCGAGGAAGCUGGAAAAAUAAGUUCUGAAGCAAAGUCGAUGGCGAGGAAGCUUCGCCAAAAGAUUGACGACAAUUGCGUUUCGGAAAAUAGAAUGAACAGUUCGUUAAGGUCUGACGGAGGAGCGUCGGUGACCAAUAGAACAGUUUGCGCAAAAUUACCAAAGCUGCACGUUAAACGGUUCAAUGGAAAUGUUUGCGAAUGGCAGGAGUUUUGGGAUUCCUUCGAAAGCGCCAUUCACGGAAAUGGAAGUUUGUCCGACGUUGACAAAUUCAAUUAUCUUCGGGGACUCUUAGGCGAACCAGCGAAGUCAUGUAUCGCGAGAUAUUCUUUGACUUCGGCGAACUACAACGCUGCAAUAGACGCGUUGAAGGAACGCUAUGGGAAGCCAGAAUCGGUCCAACGAGCGCACAUGCAAAAACUUUUGAACUUAGAUAGAGUGAAAGAUCCGAGAGAUAUUACGUCUCUUCGUCACUUGUGUGAUAGUGUCGAAGCACAUCAUCGAGCUUUGGAUGCAUUGGGAGUGGACAGCGCUACGUAUUCAUCAAUCGUGGUACCUUACGUUUUGAACUUGAUACCGGAAUCGAUUCGAUUGUUGAUCACGAGAGGCGAAAACUUCCAUCAGUGGGAUAUGGACGAUAUGUUAAGAGCGUUAAAGUGCGAAGUUGAGCUGCGAGAAGAGCAUCGAGUUCAGAGAGAGCAACGAGAACGGCAUGGUGAUCCUGAGAAGUCGUCAAAUGGAGCCAGGCGGAACGAUACGAAAACAGCAAGCGCCCUCCUGACAAAAUUGGGACCGGUUCGUUGCGCAUUCUGCCUGGGAUGUCAUCGGCAUGAAGAAUGUGAGAAGAUCAAAUCAAUUGAGGAACGUAAGAAUAUUAUUAAGAAAUACGGUCGUUGUUAUAUUUGUUUGGAAAAGGGCCACAAGGCUCGUGACUGUGACAACAAUAUUAAAUGUAGUAUAUGUAAGAAGAAUCACCACAAGGCUCUGUGUGAUUCGGGAAAGGAAAGUAAGCCCCAGGGAACUGUUGGACAAGGGGAGGUUGGGAAUGUAGAUACCAAUAGUAGUAAUACUCUAUUUGUAAGUCCUAAGAAUAGUUGUGAAAAAGCAGGAUGCAAUGUUGCUUUGCAAACUGCACAAGCAAAACUGGUUGGUAGUAAGUCGGGACGAGUAAGGGUUUUGUUGGAUUCUGGGAGUCAGAGAUCAUUUGUUACUGAAAGGACGGCUAAAGCGUUGGGAUGUAAAGUCGUUCGUGAAGAAAAUCUGAGAAUAGGAACGUUUGGGAAAAGGGCUUUAGAGAACGAGUUGAGAAGGGUUGUGCGAUUGGAUUUGAGUUCGUUGUCGGGUGGUGAAGUCGUAUCUAUCGAGGCAUAUGUUGUACCAGAAAUAUCAGUAAUUAGUAAUCAACAUUUGGAGGUGGUUCGAAAUAACUUUGAACAUUUGAAGGGGUUGUGGUUGUCUGAUGUUUGUAAGGUAAAUGAGGAAUUGGAGGUAAACGUACUCGUGGGUGCGGAUUACUUGUGGUCGUUGCAGAAAGGUCGUAUUAUGCGAGGGAAGCAGGGGGAGCCUGUGGCUAUCGAGACGGUGCUUGGAUGGGUAGUUUCAGGGCCGGUUGGAAGCACGGAUAAGAAUCAACCCGCCACUGCUCAGGUAAAUUUUUGCUCCGCUAAUAAAACUUGUAUCAACGUAGAAAACUUUUGGGAUUUAGAAAGCCUAGGAAUUAAGGACAAAGUAAGUGAUGUGCAUGAAUCGGUCAUAAACGAUCUUAGUUUUGACGGUACGCGUUAUUCAGUGGGGUUGCCCUGGAGGGAGGGUCACGAUCCUUUACCUACUAACUAUGACUUAAGUCUUAAGAGAAUGAAGGGACAAAUCAGACGACUAGGUAAGAACCCAGAAUUACUGAAGGAAUAUGACACUAUCAUUAAGGCCCAAGAAGAGUUAGGCAUCAUAGAGAGGGUAGGAAAAGAUAGUGUGAUUAAUUCUCAUGCCAAAAUACAUUACAUGCCUCAUCAAGCUGUCGUGCGAAAGGAUGCCAAGACGACAAAGGUUAGAGUGGUUUAUGACGCAAGCGCUAAAGUACUCAAGUCAAGUGUCUCUUUGAAUGAUUGUUUGCAUAUCGGACCUUCACUUAAUCCACUUUUGUUUGAUAUUCUGCUUAGGUUCCGUGAGCAAAGAAUAGCGCUAAUAGCGGACAUAGAGAAGGCCUUCCUAAACAUUGAAGUGCACGAAAGGGAUCGAGAUAGCCUAAGGUUUUUGUGGGUAGAUGAUGUACUGCGCAACAAUUUGAAUCUUGUAGUUUACCGUUUUGUAGAGUCGUAUUUGGGGUGA